AUGCAAUCCAGAGCAAUAGGAGAACUCGCUGGCAACAAUGACCUGAGACUACAAAACGCCUCUGUGAGGCAUACCUUGCUGAGUCUACCAGCGUCGCAAUUACAUUCUUCAUUCGUCCCAACCCCUAUGGACGAGAUCGUCAUUGAAAGCGGGAUCCAGAAUGUCAAGUCGACCCUGAACUCCGUCAAUGAGCAGAUCAGCCGCCUUCGAUCAACAUUAGCCGAGCUUGAGACAUACCGCGAAGAUCUUCAUACCACUCUACUCCAACAUCGUUCAGUCCUUUCCUCACAGCGAAAACUUCCACCAGAAAUCCUCGGAGAGAUAUUUUUACUCGCUGCGGACGGAUGUAGGCUUACAUGGCCUCCUACAAAUGCUUCUGCGGACGAAAUGCCCUGGUUGCUCUGCAAGGUAUGCAGUUAUUGGAGGACAGUUGCUUACUCUCUUCCGAAACUAUGGUCCGAAGUGCACAUGGAUAUCCGUUAUCCCAUUGCCGUUCCUUCCAGCCUAGACUCAGAUGUGGCUGACACCACGUACGAAUCAACACUACGCUUAGGGGAAAGGUUUCUGCAAACAUGUCUCGAUAGGUCGGGUAACCAACUGUUAACCUUUUCCAUCAAAGUGGAUGGCUUGCUGGACAAAGCUCAUUCAUUCCUCGAAAUGCUCGUCCAACAUUCGGAGCGAUGGGAAGAUGUGUCUCUACACCUUGAUAUAUUUUCUCACCACUCGAUCCUCGCUCCAGCGCGAGACCGGGUCCCUAAUCUUCGUAGGCUGCAUAUUGGUACUUCCCUUUCCGAUAGCAUGCCGCCCACACCUUUAGAUGCCUUUGAAAACGCCCCGAAGCUGAAGGAGCUUUCCUUGACGCGGAUUAUCCAUCCUUUCCACAUCAUUCGCCUUCCGUGGUCUCAGAUCACCCACCUCACCUCUAAUUCCAACACCUUCAGCGAGGGUGAAUUUACACUGAUCAUGCGACACACUGACAAUCUGACUUCUUUCACCACACAUCGAGAACGCAUCUUGGAAGUGGCCUCCUCUGACCCUGUCCCACUCAACCACCUUCGGUACCUCGAGAUAGUCAACAAAGGAAGCUACAUCGCGAAAACCUUCCAGUUCCUUACGACACCGAAUUUACAAGAACUUCAUAUACAAGCGUUGACCCCUUUCCUCGCCGACCAAACGAUACCGAUGCUCACACGCGCGCAGUGUAAACCUACCCAUCUGGUGUUCCACUCGUCCUUGGUCGAGGAGGCCGUGUGGGAGGAGAACUUUGGGAUUAUAUGGCUCCUAGGCGGACUUCCGUCAGUCGUCAACCUUCACCUCACAGCGUUGCGAUCAUCAGAGGAGAUCAUGUCGCGCCUAAGCUACCGCCGCCCCCAAACCAACUCACCGCCUUUCCUCCCGAACCUCCACACAAUUGUUUUAGAAGAUCGACACUGUCGCUCAGCGCUGAACAUCGCCGAAACCUUGUCGUCUCGCAUCCGAACCAACAGUACAGGGAACACCUUGGGCUCGUGGACGUUUGGAGAAAAGGGCCUCAAAUCAAUUUCGCUCCGUUUAUCCCAUCCUCCUGGGCCCGCGUUCCCCGAACUAAACGUUUUGAAGAAUUUUGCGGUGAAGCAUGGGGUCGCUAUUGAUAUUAGUUCUUCAGGGUGA